GCGCUUCUUUCACAGCUUCCGUAGUGUCGGCGCUCGCUGUUUGCGUCAUUUCCGGUGGGUGCGCGACGGAGUGGCCAACGGCCUGCAGAGCAAGAUGCCCAAGUUUUAUUGUGACUACUGCGAUACAUACCUCACCCAUGACUCUCCAUCUGUGAGAAAGACACACUGCAGUGGUAGGAAACAUAAAGAGAAUGUGAAAGACUACUAUCAGAAAUGGAUGGAAGAGCAGGCUCAGAGCCUGAUUGACAAAACAACGGCUGCAUUUCAACAAGGAAAGAUACCUCCUACUCCGUUCUCCGCUCCUCCUCCCGCAGGGGCGAUGAUCCCGCCUCCACCCAGUCUCCCGGGUCCUCCUCGCCCUGGUAUGAUGCCAGCACCCCACAUGGGAGGCCCUCCCAUGAUGCCAAUGAUGGGCCCCCCUCCACCCGGGAUGAUGCCAGUGGGACCUGCUCCUGGAAUGAGGCCCCCCAUGGGAGGCCACAUGCCAAUGAUGCCUGGGCCUCCAAUGAUGCGCCCCCCUGCUCGGCCCAUGAUGGUGCCCACUCGGCCAGGAAUGACUCGGCCAGACAGAUAAAGCUAGAGGGGCGGCCUCUUCAUAUCAGUUUUAUAUUGUUUGUUCUAUGUCACCAG